AUGAAGUACUUCGCCGCGGCCGUGCUGGCUCUCCUACCGGUGCUCACCUCCGCCCACUGCGUCGCCCAGCGCGUUCGUGUGAACGGUGCGGAUCAAGGCCAACUUGUCGGCAUCCGCACGCCCAACUCGAACAACCCUAUUCAGAAUGUUAACGACGGCAACUUCGCGUGCAACAGCGGCUUCCACACGCCUGUUUCAUCUAAUGUCAUCAAUGUAAAGGCUGGCGACAAAAUAGGAACUCAGUGGGGUCAUGUCAUCGGCGGUGCGCAGUUCUCUGGCGACAAGGACAACCCCAUCGCAGCUUCUCACAAGGGUCCCGCAAUCUUCUACCUUGCCAAAGUCGACAAUGCCGCCUCCGCUUCGGGUACAGGCCUCAAAUGGUUCAAGAUCGGCGAAGACGGGCUCGACGGCUCCGGCAAGUGGGGUGUGGACCGUAUGAUCUCCAAUGGCGGCUGGGUUGACUUCGAAGUCCCGUCUUGCGUAGCGCCAGGCCAGUACCUCCUCCGCACGGAGCUCAUCGCGUUGCACUCUGCGAGCAAGCAAGGCCAGGCACAGUUCUAUAUGGGCUGCGCGCAGAUCAAUGUCAGCGGCUCCGGGAGCAACACUGGGGGCCAGACGGUCAGUUUCCCGGGUGCGUACUCGGCGAACGACCCUGGUAUUUUGGUCAACAUCUACGACAAGGCUGGCCAACCCAACGGUGGUGGACAGCCGUAUAAGAUUCCGGGGCCGGCGAAACUUACCUGCUAG